AUGCUAUCAUAUGAAAGAACGUUUUGUCUUCGGAGCGUAUACAUGGUGAUCCCUGAAGCAGUUGAGCGAGGAAAGACAGCGGUCAUUAAGUGCAUGUACGACUUAGAGAACGAAGAAUUGUACCAGGUGAAGUGGUACCGAGGUGAUAGAGAGUUCUGUCGGUAUUCGCCUAAGGAUGUUCCGCCGCUCAAAAUUUUUCCCAUUCGUGGAAUAGAAGUCGAUCGCGAAGCUAGUGAUUGGGAGAAGGUUACAAUAAAAGCUUUGACAAGUACAGCAAAUGGGCGAUACACUUGUGAAGUAUCUGCAGAUGCACCUUCAUUUAUAACAGCACAAAUGCAAGGCAUGAUGUACGUGGUUGAUUUACCCCAAGAUUAUCCCGAGUUGAAUGGACUUAAAAAUUAUUACAAGCCCGGUAUGAAACUAAAGGUAGAAUGCAUCAGUCGAAACUCGCUGCCACCAGCUAACAUUUCAUUUUUCAUCAACAACGAAAGGGCUCACCCCAAGCACGUGUGGCACAAAGUAUCUGGCGGUACGAACGGCAGCCUGUGGACCGCCUACAGCACUAUACAGUUCAUCGUGCAAAAUCACCACUUCAUCGACGACAAAUUAAGGAUUCGAUGUACGGCGUUCAUAUAUUCAAUAUAUUCUAAAAGUCACGAAAAAGUAACAAACCGAAUAAGAGAUAGGACGACGACGCCACCAGAGCUGGUGACCAGGCAAAGGAUUGUUCAUCGCAAAGACCACAAUCGUGUUUCUGGAUUGUCCGUAGCUAGCAGCAAUGGCAAUUGUAAAUAUAUUUAG